AUGGAGUCUAACAAUUUUCAUGUUGACAAGAAGCCAGAGAAAAAGGUAAUAAGAUACAAGGAAUGUCUCAAGAACCAUGCAGCUGCAAUUGGUGGCAAUGCAACUGAUGGGUGUGGUGAGUUCUUGCCUGUUGGUGAAGAAGGAACCCUUGAGGCUCUCAAGUGUUCAGCUUGCAUUUGUCACAGAAACUUUCACAGAAAAGAGAUAGAUUCUGAUUCUAAUUGCCCUUCUCAGCAUUAUGUUCUUUCACUGAUUCCUGAUACUACUACUCAGACAAAUCCCAUUUUGGCUCAUUUAUUUCCCAACAAAAGUGGGUCAAUUAGUCCUUCUGAUCAUUCUGAUGAGAAGGACUAUGAAGAUGGGAUUAAGAAGGAUGAAAAUUCAACUGAGAAGGGGAAGAAGAGAAUCAGAACCAAGUUCACACAAGAACAGAAGGAGAAGUUGCUGUGUUUUGCAGAAAAGGCAGGGUGGAGGAUACAGAAGCUAGAUGAAUCUGUAGUGCAGAAGUUUUGCAAAGAGAUUGGAAUCAAGAGAAGAGUCCUCAAAGUGUGGAUGCAAAAUAACAAGAACACUUUUGCCAAGAGAAAUCUCUCUACUAGCUUGCUAGGAUGA